GCAACGGUUCCCAGGACAACUACAUGGCUGGCAAUGAGAAAGAACCAGAGUUCACCUGGGAGGUGAAGGCCAAUGACCAGGCAUAUCAUGAGCAGAUCAAGAAGAAGUUUUUCCUGUGCUGGAAGAAGAGAAAGUAUGCGGAUAAUGCCAUCAAGACGGCCAAGUACAAUAUGCUGACUUUCCUGCCCUUGAACCUCUACGAGCAGUUCCAUCGCAUGGCCAACCUCUACUUCCUCUUCAUCAUUCUCCUGCAGACCAUCCCAGAGAUCUCCACACUGCCCUGGUUUGCCCUUCUGCUGCCCCUUGCCUGCCUCCUCAUCAUCAGGGGAACCCGGGACCUCGUGGAUGAUAUUGCCCGGCACAGGAGCGAUUGGGCCAUCAAUAGCAGACCCUGCCAAAUCCUGAUGGGGAAAAGUUUCUGCAAGAAGAAGUGGCGGGACAUCCGGGUGGGAGAUGUGGUUUGCCUGAAGAAGGACGACUUUGUUCCAGCCGACCUGCUCUUACUGGCCAGCUCAGAACCCAGCAGCCUGUGCUACGUGGAGACAGCUGACAUUGAUGGGGAAACCAACCUGAAAUUCCGGCAGGCCCCAAUCAUCACACACAAGGAACUGACCAACAUAGAAAAUAUGGCUGAAUUUAAUGGCACAGUCGUGUGUGAGGAGCCCAGUAGUCGCAUGCACACCUUUGUGGGAACACUGGACUGGAAGGGUGAGCAGCACUCCCUGGACAAUGAGAACGUCCUCUUGAGGGGCUGCAGGAUCCGCAACACAGACACCUGCUAUGGCCUUGUUAUCUAUGCAGGCUUUGAUUCUAAAAUCAUGAAGAACUGUGGGAAGAUCAAGCUGAAGAGAACCAAGUUGGACCGCUUGAUGAACAGACUCGUCAUCUUAAUAUUCCUGAUGCUGAUUGCUGUGUCCUUCUGCCUUGCGGUGACCAGCGGCUUCUGGGCAGUUGACUUCCGGGACAAGCACAGUUACCUCUCAGCUUUCCACUCCAACUCCUCACCGGCCACAGAGGCCUUCCACACUUUCUGGGGCUUCAUGAUCCUGCUGAGUAUUAUUGUGCCCAUGUCCCUGUAUAUCACUUUCGAGUUCAUCUACCUGGUGAACAGCUGCUUUAUCGACUGGGACCUGGAAAUGUAUUACUCGCCCAAGGACACCCCUGCCAAGGCCCGGAGCACUAGUCUGAAUGAUCAGCUGGGCCAGAUUGAGUACAUCUUCUCAGACAAGACAGGAACCCUCACCCAGAACAUUAUGACUUUCAAGAAGUGCUGCAUCAAUGGAGUUAUCUACGGUAACUCUUCUCACUCCUCUGCCUCUCCUGGCCCCAAUCCCAGGCCUUAUCUGGAUGGGUGGAAUGAAUAUGCAGAUGGGAAGUUGCUGUUUCAAGACCCCUUGCUCCUGGAAGCCAUCCAUCAAGAUGCUGACACUGUGAUGCGGGAAUUCUGGAGGUUGCUGGCCCUCUGCCACACCGUCAUGGUAGAGGAGAAGGACAACCAGCUGAUCUACCAGGCAGCUUCUCCUGAUGAAGAGGCCUUGGUGACGGCUGCUCGGAAUUUUGGCUAUGUGUUUCUGUCACGGACCCAGGACACCAUCACCACCAGUGAACUUGGGGUAAAGAGGACAUACCAAGUGCUGGCCAUGCUGGACUUCAACAGUGUCCGCAAGAGGAUGUCUGUUCUCUUGAGAGACCCUGAGGGGACAAUCCAUCUCUACACCAAAGGCGCAGACACAGUCAUCUUUGAGAGGCUGCGGGAUGAUGACCCCAUUGAAGUUGCCACUGAAAAAGCCUUGGAUGCCUUUGCUGAAGAGACACUGAGGACCCUGUGCCUAGCCAGCAAAAAGGUGGAGGAGAAGGUGUACAAAGAGUGGAAAAAGCGGCAUCAUGCAGCCAGUGUCCUGCUGCAGAAUCGGGCCCAGGAGCUAGACAAAGUGUAUGAGGAGAUUGAACAAGAUCUCCAGCUGUUGGGGGCCACUGCCAUUGAGGACAAGCUACAGGAAGGGGUCCCUGACACUAUCCACCUGCUCAAGAAAGGAAAUAUCAAAGUGUGGGUGCUGACGGGGGACAAACAAGAGACGGCAGUGAACAUUGGUUAUGCAUGUCGACUGCUGUCGGAUGACAUGGAAGUUCUGGAGGAGAAGGAGAUCUGUGAGAUGCUUGAUGCCUACUGGGAGAGUAACAACAACCUUAGCAACAGCCAGGAGCCUCUGACCAGGGAAAAGUUCUGCCAACCAAGGCCCAGACGACACAACAAGAUGGCCCUGGUGGUCACUGGAGAUUUCCUGGACAGGAUGCUGCUGCAUGCUGGGGAGAUGAAGGAAAAGAAGAAGAGGACCCUAGGGCCUCUGAAAAGGCUACAAAAAUGCUGUGCGGGGUGGGGAUGGAAGCAAGAGCAGGAGCUGGGGUUUGGACUGGAAGAAGAUCCAGAGACCCUACGGGAAAGAGCUUUUGUGGAUCUGGCCACUCAGUGCCAAGCAGUGAUCUGCUGCAGGGUGACCCCCAAACAGAAGGCCAUGAUUGUGCAGUUGGUCAAGAGGCACAAGCAAGCAAUCACCCUGGCCAUUGGGGAUGGAGCCAAUGAUAUUAACAUGAUCAAGACGGCUGACAUCGGGGUGGGGAUCAGCGGGCAGGAAGGCAUGCAGGCAGUCCAAAGCAGUGAUUAUGCUCUGGCCCAGUUCUCCUACCUGCAGCGGCUGCUCCUGGUGCACGGGCGCUGGUCCUACCUCCGCAUCUGCAAGUUUCUCCGCUACUUCUUCUACAAAACCUUUGCCAGCAUGAUGGUGCAGAUCUGGUUUGCCUUCUACAAUGGUUUCACUGCCCAGCCUCUGUAUGAGGCCUGGUUCCUGGCGCUAUUCAAUGUCUUCUACACCGCCUACCCUGUGCUCUCCAUUGGACUCCUGGAGAAGGACAUGAGCGCCCGAAAAUGCCUGGAGUUCCCUGAACAGUAUUGUGUGGGUCAAAAGGAUCAACUCUUUAACUACUGGGUCUUCUUUGUGGCCCUGGUCCAUGGAACAGCCACGUCCCUGGUAAACUUCUAUGUGACCCUAUGGGCCUUUGAGGACAUGGCCGGACUUGGGGGCAUCUGUGAUUACCAGUCCUUUGCAGUCACUGUGGCGACAUCAGCUCUGCUCUCAGUCAUAGUUGAGAUCAUGAUGGAUAUCAAGUUCUGGACAUUGCUGUCUGCCCUAGCCAUAACAGUCAGCCUGCUGCUGUUCAGCCUCCUUUCCUACGUCACCCAGAACUUCCGUGCUUACAAGGUGGCACCUACUAUCUUCCAGUUUCUAUUUGCCAAUCAAAAUGCACUGACAGAUCCCUACAUCCUGCUGGUGGUGCUGCUGACCGUGGCAGUGAACACCAUCCCCUCGCUGACCAUCCGCCUGCUCAGUCAAAUCAUUGCCACCAACAGCAUCCAUGAUAAACCCGAGGACUGGAAAACACAGAUCAGUAAUGUGGAGCUCAGGUCCCACUUCCGUCGGAACUCACUGCUGCGGCGCUCCAGCUAUGCCUUUUCCCACAAAGAGGGCUAUGCGGACCUCAUCGCCCGAGGUGCCAGCCUGCGUAAGAAGGCUCCAGCUGCUUCCCAGAGCCCAGACAACAGCCAUCUCCCCACGGCAACUGGAGGGCAAUCUCCCCAGCCUGAGAUGAAAUGAUAAUGCCAAAGAUCUUUCUCUACAAAA